AUAUAUAGAAUGUAUAUUUGAUCAUUUAGAAAAGCAAUCUCGUUGGUUGUCUCUCUGUCGGUGUCCGCCUCGGCGCUCCGUACAAGAGCUCAGACCGAAUGAACGGAAUCCGCUGCUCGGUAAUCAACCGCACCGGCUCGAGCUCGUUUAUUAUAUUGAGGGCUGAGUCUAUGGCAUGUCCACCCCGGAGCCCUCGUUAGGAGGCACACCCUGUCCGGGGCCCUCGCCGGGUCCAGGCCUGUCUCCAGGGGCUGUGCUGGGGUCCGGACUGUCCCCUGGAUCCUCACACAGCAUGAUGGGCCCCAGUCCUGGACCAGCCACUUCCACAGGACUCUCCUUUCCUCCGCAAGCGUCUGUGGGAUACAGCCAGGAGAGUCUGCACCAGAUGCACAAGCCAGUGGAGGAGAACCUUUCAGAAGACGCUCGCUUCAGUCAGAUGAAGGUGGUUGCGAUGAGGGCCGGUCACAGUGGGAUGACCCGUCCAGGGAGCCCGAUGGACCAGCACUCGCAAGGAUACCCAUCUCCUCUGGGAUCUUCAGAGCACAUGUCCAGUCCCGUGUCUGCCAGUGGGCCUCCGUCAGGUCCUCUCCUGUCCACCUCUGGUUCACUGGACAGUGUGGACGGCCAGGCCCUCUUGCAGCAGAACCGUCUGGGAAGCCAAAGUGCAGCCGCUGGCUCCAGCAGCUCCUCCGCUCCGACACCCUUCAACCAGAGCCAGCUGCACCAGCUGCGAGCGCAGAUCAUGGCCUAUAAGAUGCUAGCUCGCGGGCAGCCGCUCCCAGAACACCUGCAAAUGGCGGUGCAGGGCAAGCGUCCCAUGCCAGGGAUGCCCCAGGGUCCGUCUCUGAUCAGCCUGCCGCCAGGUGGAGGAGCGAGCACCGGCUUCAGCCGAGGACAUGGGAUAGUGGGACCCAACAUGCCUCCUCCUGGACCUUCUGGAGUCCCGGCUGGUGUUCAGGGCCAGAACAACAACGGGCCCCCGAAACCAUGGCAUGAAGGUCCUCUGGUCAAUGCAGCGACCCCCUCCAAUGCUCCUCAGAAGCUGAUGCCACCUCAGCCCACUGGACGUCCCUCUCCCGCACCACCGUCUGUGCCGCCUGCUGCGUCUCCGGUCAUGCCACCCCAGACCCAGUCUCCAGGACACCUGGCCCAUCAGUCUCAAUCCACCACCAUGGUGCCGCUGCACCAGAAGCAGAACCGCAUCACACCCGUUCAGAAGCCCUGUGGUCUGGAUCCGGUGGAGAUCCUGCAGGAGAGAGAGUACCGGCUGGAAGCUCGUAUCACUCACCGUAUUCAGGAGCUGGAGAAUCUUCCAGGGUCGCUGGCUGGAGACCUGCACACCAAAGCCACGAUUGAGCUCAAAGCACUCCGACUGCUCAACUUCCAGAGACAGCUGCGUCAGGAGGUGGUGGUUUGCAUGAGACGUGACACGGCCUUAGAAACCUCCCUGGACUCAAAGGGCUACAAGCGCAACAAGAGACAGUCCUUACGUGAGGCGCGAAUCACAGAGAAACUAGAGAAACAGCAGAAGAUCGAACAGGAACGCAAACGCAGGCAGAAACACCAGGAAUAUCUCAACAGCAUCCUGCAGCACGCCAAAGACUUCAAGGAGUACCAUCGGUCCAUCACCGCGAAGAUCCAGAAACUGACCAAAGCUGUGGCCACAUACCACGCCAACACUGAGCGCGAGCAGAAGAAAGAGAACGAGCGCAUCGAGAAAGAGCGAAUGAGACGCCUGAUGGCUGAGGAUGAGGAGGGUUACAGGAAGCUGAUUGACCAGAAGAAGGACAAGCGUCUGGCGUAUCUGCUGCAGCAGACGGAUGAGUAUGUGGCUAAUCUGACGGAGCUGGUCCGCGCUCAUAAAGCUGUGCAGGCCCUGAAAGAGAAGAAGAAGAAGAAGAGGAAGAAGAAGAAGCUGGAGAAUGCGGAGGGCCAGACAGGGGCCCUGGGGCCUGAUGGAGAGCCUCUGGAUGAGACGAGUCAGAUGAGUGAUCUUCCAGUGAAGGUGAUCCACGUGGACAGUGGGAAGAUUCUGACCGGAGAGGAUGCUCCUAAAGCUGGACAGCUGGACACGUGGCUGGAGAUGAACCCUGGUUACGAGGUCGCUCCGCGGUCAGACAGCGAGGAUUCUGGGUCGGAGGAGGAUGAGGAAGAGGAUGAGGAAGCUCCUCAGCUGCUGCAGUCACAAACUCCUGCAGAAGAGAAGAAGAAGAUUCCUGACCCGGACAGUGAGGACGUGUCUGAAGUGGACGCCCGUCACAUUAUAGAGCAUGCUAAACAGGAUGUGGAUGAUGAGUACGGCAGCGCAGUGUUUGCUCGUGGGUUGCAGUCAUAUUACGCCGUGGCUCAUGCGGUCACUGAGCGUGUGGACAAACAGUCGUCUUUGCUAAUCAACGGUCAACUCAAGCAAUACCAGAUCAAGGGUCUGGAGUGGCUGGUGUCUCUCUAUAACAACAAUCUGAACGGGAUCCUGGCGGAUGAGAUGGGUUUGGGCAAAACCAUCCAAACCAUCGCACUCAUCACGUACCUGAUGGAGAACAAGCGUCUGAACGGACCCUACCUCAUCAUCGUGCCGCUCUCGACUCUGUCCAACUGGGUCUAUGAGUUUGAUAAGUGGGCGCCGUCUGUCGUCAAAGUCUCCUACAAGGGAUCUCCUGCUGCUAGAAGAGCCUUCGUCCCACAGCUGCGCAGCGGCAAGUUCAACGUGCUGAUCACCACGUACGAAUAUAUCAUCAAAGACAAGCAUGUGCUGGCCAAGAUUCGCUGGAAGUACAUGAUCGUGGACGAAGGCCAUCGCAUGAAGAACCAUCACUGUAAGCUGACGCAGGUGCUGAACACACAUUACCUGGCGCCGCGGCGCGUGCUGCUGACCGGGACACCGCUGCAGAACAAGCUUCCCGAGCUCUGGGCGCUGCUCAACUUCCUGCUGCCCACCAUCUUCAAGAGCUGCAGCACGUUUGAGCAGUGGUUUAACGCACCCUUCGCCAUGACCGGAGAGAAGGUGGAUCUGAAUGAGGAGGAGACCAUCCUGAUCAUCCGUCGUCUGCACAAGGUGCUCCGCCCCUUCCUGUUACGCCGGCUGAAGAAGGAAGUGGAGGCGCAGCUGCCUGAGAAGGUGGAGUACGUGAUCAAGUGUGACAUGUCUGCGCUGCAGAGGGUCCUGUACAGACACAUGCAGGCCAAAGGAGUGCUGCUGACCGACGGCUCCGAGAAGGACAAGAAGGGUAAAGGUGGCACUAAGACUCUGAUGAACACCAUCAUGCAGCUGAGGAAGAUCUGCAAUCAUCCGUACAUGUUCCAGCAGAUCGAGGAGUCGUUUUCUGAGCAUCUGGGUUUCACGGGAGGAAUCGUUCAGGGGCCUGAUUUAUACCGCGCCUCGGGGAAGUUUGAGGUGCUGGAUCGUAUUUUGCCAAAAUUACGAGCGUCAAAUCACAAAGUGCUACUCUUCUGCCAAAUGACGUCUCUGAUGACCAUAAUGGAGGAUUAUUUUGCUUACCGCUGCUUUAAAUACCUGCGUCUGGACGGCACGACUAAAGCAGAGGAUCGUGGGAUGCUGCUGAAGACCUUCAAUGAUCCGGCCUCUCAGUACUUUAUAUUCCUGCUGAGCACCAGAGCCGGAGGACUGGGCCUCAACCUGCAGAGCGCAGACACCGUCAUCAUAUUUGACAGCGACUGGAACCCUCAUCAGGACCUCCAGGCGCAGGAUCGAGCGCACCGCAUCGGUCAGCAGAACGAGGUGAGGGUUCUGCGGCUCUGUACCGUCAACAGCGUCGAGGAGAAGAUCCUGGCGGCCGCUAAAUACAAGCUGAACGUGGACCAGAAGGUGAUCCAGGCCGGCAUGUUCGACCAGAAGUCGUCCAGUCACGAGCGCCGAGCGUUUCUGCAGGCCAUUCUGGAGCACGAGGAGCAGGACGAGGAAGAGGACGAGGUGCCAGACGAUGAGACCGUAAAUCAGAUGAUCGCGAGGAGUGAAGACGAGUUUGACCAGUUCAUGCGCAUGGAUCUGGAUCGCCGUCGCGAGGAAGCACGCAAUCCGAAGCGAAAGCCUCGUCUGAUGGAGGAGGACGAGCUGCCCACGUGGAUCAUGAAAGACGACGCCGAGGUGGAAAGACUCACCUGUGAGGAAGAAGAGGAGAAGAUGUUCGGCCGCGGCUCGCGUCAGAGGAAGGAGGUGGAUUACAGCGAUUCACUCACAGAGAAACAGUGGCUGAAGGCGAUCGAGGACGGGACCCUGGAGGAGAUCGAGGAGGAGGUGCGACACAAGAAAACCACUCGAAAGAGGAGACGUGAUCGGGAUCCGGACACCAUCGCAUCCACUUCAGGUGCUCGUGGGGGACGAGAGAGAGACGAUGACAGUAAAAGACACAAGAAACGAGGUCGUCCUCCGUCCGAGAAGCUUUCGCCCAACCCUCCGUCGCUCACCAAGAAGAUGAAGAAGAUUGUGGACGCUGUUAUUAAAUAUAAGGAGAAGUGAGUGUCAGAGUGGUUUCCAGCAGAACUUGAGGAAAGUACAGGCCAGUGCUGAGACAAAUGGUAAAAAAGGAUAGCUGAUGGUUCAGGACCUGGGGACGGGUUCUUGUGUGUGUUCAUGUGUUUCUCAUGAACACCGCAGAUCCUCCUGAUGAUGAAGAGCAGGGCCAUGAUGUUGACUGCUAGGUUUAUAACAGCAGGUAUUUUCUCACGUUUGUAAUCAGACUGCAAAGCUUUCAUGUAAACUAUUUAAUCGAUCCGAUUGCGCUCAGUCCGAAUGAAAGGGGUGGUUCAAUCCUUUUCUAAUACAGUUGAGAUUGUAAAAUGCUUGAUCGAAUUGAAAACUGAAACUGGAAUAACUGCGCAUGUGCAAUGAUUUAGAAAUAGCGUAAUGACGUAUAACGAUUCUUCCUGUUGAAUUAAUGUGUUUCCUGACAUUAUAAAACUCCCCCUUCACUCUGCAACUGUGAAGUGGAGCAAGACAAUGUCCCAGUUUCCAUGUUUCAGACUCUCAUCCACAGACGACUGGUUAUGAGUGUGGAGAGGGCAUUUUUACUGUGUAGUAAAUAUAAGCACAGCAAAGGGUUUACACGUAUAUUUAUCCAGAAAUAGGUCAAUAUUAAUUCUGCUGUUUAAAACAAAUAAAGAAUUAGUUUAGUUUAUGUGCAAACUGUGGGAAGCGCAAAAUUUGUGCAGUGUGUGCAUGUAAUAAAAAAAAAUCUGCGAUUUGAAGCUUGUGACAUAUAAAUGCGCACAUCAGCCCGAUCACUUUUUUUCUAGCGUUCAUGUAAACACUACAUUCAGAUUCAUCAGUCGCAAUGAAUUCAGUCUGAUUGAACCAAAAACUGUGCAGGUAAACAUAGCCACUGUCUGGUUGUUUCUGGAGGCUCUGGUCCGUCAGUGAAGGUUUGGAGGACGGAUCAGAGGUCAGCUGGAGAGGAGUUAUUCCUCACUGAUGUGUGUGUGUCUGGUGCUGUUCUGAAUGUUAGUAACGGCCGUCAGCUGAGCGAGGUGUUCAUCCAGCUGCCUUCACGCAAGGAGCUGCCCGAGUACUACGAGCUGAUCCACAAACCUGUGGACUUCAGGAAGAUCAAGGAGCGCAUCCGGAGCCAUCGAUACCGCAGCCUCAACGACC